AAUCCCCCCAGCGACGUGACAGGGGUGUCGCCCUUUUUUGAAAUUGGCCUCUAUAGGGGUACUAUAUAGUCAGAUACGCUCUCCUGACUUCGCUCUUCAAUUCAACUCUGCCUUAGUGGCAUCGAGCUACACCGUGACCGCAACAGGUUCUUCUUCACCAUCAUCUCAUCUCCCAUUGACUGCCAUCCAUCCACAAGAUGAAGUUUAAAUCGAUUAGUACUAUCCUCCUCCUCGCUGCAACAGCCGGGCCCGCAGUCGCAGGCCCAAUCGGAUACGCCAUCUGUCAAACCGGCUGCAACGGCAUCGCUGUUGCAUGCUACUCUGCAGCCGGUUUUACAUUCGGCGUCGCACCGCCUGCAGCGCCUCCCGCUAUCAUAGCUUGCAAUACAGCUCUUGGGGCAUGUAUGGCAGCUUGCGCUGCAGUCGCGCUUGGACCCACUCCCUGAGCGAGUCUAUUCGUGAAUGCGGCGAAGAGAACAAACACGUCCAAGGCUUGUAACGUCUUCUUUUGAUACUAGUGUAUUAUUAGCUGUCUGUUUUUUUGUGAGUCGUUCGACUAGUAUUCACGUAUUGUAUGAUUUGUAUCAGUGUGUCGGAUCUUCGACUGUACAAAGUACUUCUAUCUUAGUACAUGCCGUCGUUCUAACUGUUUCUCGCAUGUAAUGUUUUCGCU